AUUCGCAAUUGAGUGUGAACGCCACUACAAUCCAAACUUGAACUAAAUCUCUACUUCUAGAAAUAUUGCUCUAAAGAAAGCUCUCCGACUGAGUUUGCUUUUCCGCCAUUCCUCACACGUUUUCAGACAUUCGGCGCAAAGACUUGUUGUGAGAGUUCGUCUGGCAUUAAGGAACUCUGAGUCCCUCUUCGCUCUGCAUCGAAAUUUGAUAUUUUUUUUCCUUGCUUUCAAAUGCUUCUUAGCUGAUUAUUGUCUAGAAUAAUGAGUGGGUUUUUUGUGUUUUGUGGUCUUUUUGGUUAAAAAUGUCAAAUUGAUGUGGCAAGUGGCAAAUAUAUGUGAUACACUUGGGAUCUGGUUUCUAGAUAAGGUUUGAUUUCAUUUGGGUUGGACUUCAUUUGAGGAGAUUUUUGCUGUUUCCGGAGGAUUUUAGAAUGCUUUGAUAGAAAAUUGGUGGCUUUAUAUUUUGUAUUGUUUUUAUGGCUGCAUGUCAGAACUAUUUUUCUCUGAUGAUUUCUUGGAUUUACUUGGUUGGAUAAAAGGGAAAAAACUAAUUGUAACCAUUUAAGUGUUUAUUUAUACUAUGGAAAUAAGAUGGGCACAUUAUUUUUGUUAUGUAAGUAAAAAGGAAACAAUUAUUUUAAGUGCUGAAAUAAUUAUAUACUUAAUAAUUGUUUGGUAAGAAGAUAUAGGAAAAGAUUUCAUGGAAGUGUGGGACAGUUUGAUAUGUUAAUUAUUGGAUAGCGUUUAGUAGAAAGCAUUAAUCUGUUGCUGUGCAUUGAAGCCAUAUAUUCAUGACCUCGGCUCUUGAAAAGACAGUGAAGUUGCUUGUAAGAUGCUAUUGUGAAUUUGAGGUUUUGGUUAUUCCAGUGAUUUCAAAUGCCACCAGAAAUAUAAGAGCUGCUUGCUUCAUUGUUUUAUUUUAGUUAUGAGCAUUUGGACAGUUUUGAAAACCUGUUGAAAAGAUGUGAAAAAUAGGUUUUGGAUGAAUAGUUCUUACUUUAGUAUGUUAAUUUUUGGUUUUUGGAGAAUGAUUUGUAGUCUAACUUGAAGUAGUUAAAUGCUUGUCUACCAUUUUCCUCUUCGAGGAUGCUGUUGGUGAAAUUAUAUGUGCACAUCUAAACCAUGUUGGCAACUUUAGGAAAGCUUAAAUUCUAUCUGAGAAAAGUUGCAAGUGUAGCCUAGGUUGCUGCCAUGACUUAGAGUGAAGCUUUUGAGAAUAUUAAAGUGGAAGUUUUUUAUAUAGUUGGGAAGGCCAGAGGAAGUUGUUAAUGCAUAUCCUCCUCUCCUUAGCACACUAACUUCCUGAACACCGUCCACUUUCAAGUGUGCUUACUGUGAAGCCACCUAUGUGAAAUUUGAUACGAGAAAAAGCAGUCUAUGGUGAAAUAAGUUUUUACCUGUUAUAUUGCUGACCUAAAUGAAAAUUAGUGUAGAGCAGUUUUUCCCUGGUGCUUUUCCAUAUUGUGCACUAUCCUCUCUGUGUCUUGCCUUGUUUAAUAUAAAACUAAACUCAUGUUGCCAUAUUAUUCUUGCUACUACUGUGUUUUUUCUGCAAUGAACUGCCUGAUGCUAUUUAAGGCUUGUAAUUUUUUCCCGAAACCUCGAAAACACUUGAUGUCUGCUGUCUAAAUUCAUACUGCUGUUCGGUGCUAAAAAAUAGGGUAGUCUGACUUGUAUGGUUGCCGCUGUCUAAGGCUACAUGCCCCCUAUUACCCGCCGUGCUGCCAAAGCAUUGAAGCAGAAUUGCAUCCAGAGUACUCGUUCAUCCAACUCAGCUUGGGGGGAAAACGAUUUAAGGCAGUGCAUUUCUAACUACUACAAUAGGCAGGGAACGGGAUUGGGUUGGGAUAGCCAGAAGUUUACCUUCCUUAUGGGAGAUAACAAGUGAGCCUAGAUGGAGCAGGUGAACCCAAAAUUUGUAAAAUUUCAAAAUGACUACUCAGUCUAUCAUUUACUUGAGGAGGUAUUUGUCAAUCAAGACGCAACGGGAGACUUCAGCUCUGGCUUCGAGAACGACCCCCGUACUUCAGCCGAGGAGCAAGACAUGGAGACUACUGCACGAUGUGCACAGGAAAAGAAAAGGUCGGACUAUGCGGACGAGGAUGCUGAUGUUGAGGUAGCAGGGGCGAAAGAUGAGAAAGGGAAGAAGAGUAAAGGAAAGCGAAAGUCAGGUGAUUGCUCCAGCGGUAGUCCUAUGUCCAUUGCCUCUGGUUCAGUAACUAAUAGAUACCUCAGGGCUCUUGACACCAUUGAGUCGCUGGUUAGUCGAAAAAAGUGCAGUAGCAUGAGUGUGUCAGUCAGCUCUCCGACCAAGCAUCGUUCUGGCCGAGAUAGAUCGAAGAAAUCGGAUUAUGAUGUUUCCAUGGAACAACUUUGGGGAUUAGAGAACGUGGCCUACGUAACCAAAAUGGCUGCUGCUGAAACAUUGAAUGACCCUCAAGAGCUGGCUAUUUGAAAUUUAGCUGGAUCAGACACCGACCGCAUCACCUUUAUGAAGUUAAAAGGCUGUCUCCCGCCUGACCAUGGCACUCAGGAGCCCCCUCCCCUACUCCUGUUAUAGUCGUUUGUGCAUUCGGAGCACUUCUUUGAAGCUUGAGUUGUUGCCUUUGUUUGUUUAUACUUGAGACCGUUAGUUGUAGUAUUUACUACCGGAACUAUGAGUGCUUUUUUUACUAUGCUUGUCAUUUGUUUAUUCAAAUUCAGGAUGCUUUGUGG